UUUCUGGCAUUUCGGGAAAUCUUUCCGAAACCUAUGGUUGGCAAUUUAUCUGUGUUCUCAGAUUUGUCAACCAUUUCGCCGGAUUUAUACGUGGUCAAAGUACAGCUGCGUAUUGCAAGUCUUCUUGACUGUUUACAGUCAAUCUGUGUUGAAGACGAGCGAUUUUAUUGAAGAUUCUGAAGACAAAGUACCACUGGGUACUUAUUGGAGAUAAUGGAAAAUAAAAGAAGCCAGCGUUCACCCAUCUCACAUGGGUUUGAUAUUGAGAUAAACAGCAUUCAGUUGAAACCAUCAAGAGUUGCUGAGAUAGCAAAGCGUUUGAAGAGCGCUAAAGAGAACAUCAACUCGACUGCGAGCAACAGUCGCAGCAGAGAUUGCUGUAAUAGUGCAAAAGGAAGCAUGCGUACUCCCCCAGUCUCUAGACCAUCUAGUCAGAUGUCAGGAAAUGACUUUCUUGUUUCUGGAAAAGAGGACAAAAAGGAAAGCCCUGGGAAAGAUGACGUUAAACAAAGCUCAUCAGUUGUACGUAAAACGGGGGAAAUGGCCAUGGCAAGCCCAAGCCCUGAGCCUAAGAUUUCUCGUUCCUUCCUCAGCCAAUCCUCUGUAAUAUCUAGAAAUGGAAGUGGAAAAUCCAACAGACAUGUUUGUUCUGCCAAAAAGGAUUUGAUAGUCCAAACAAGCCCAAGAAAUGGUGGAGAAUCCUAUCGUUCUGCAAGUAAUCUGUCGGGAUUUGACUCGCAGUGCGAAAGCAAAACCCCAGAGAGCGGGCCAUACACUGAUCGUCGCAGAACUCCUGCUAAAGAAAGUAUCUCCAGAAACAAUACAUCUGAUUGCGUCUCCCAUGCCGGUCGCAAAACCCCUGGAUGCAGAAACUACGAUCAGAGUGCUGAGAAGAAUGCAGCAAAUUGCAAACACUCAGGGAGAGUAGAGGACCCACCUCACGAAAUAAAACGUGCUAGCAAUUCCCCCACAGAGGACGAGUACCAGUAUGAAGAUGAUUUCGAGGAAGAGGAUUCAGAAAAAAAGAGGAAGAGAAAGAAGACAGUGUUGUCUACAAAAAGCGAGGAUGAUUUUUGGAAUACUGGCGUAGAUGAUGAGAAGCCAAAUCGAAGGUUGCCUUUAAAACUUAAUUUGGCCACUUUUGCUUUUGAUGACAGUAAGGAGAAACUUAAACAAGCUUGUCACAAAACCUUGGAGCCAAAAGGUAUCAGUCAGAAGCAAUCUGGUGUAAAUCACGUAUUCGCAGGCAAUGUUGGAUUGAAGUCUGAAACAAGAAAUGAGUCGAGCACCUCCCUUUCUUGUGACAGAAAAGCUGGAAGUCACUCAAGAACCUCAUCCAGGCAGUCUCGAUCCAAAAGCAGAUCUCUCUAUAACGACUGUCGUCCUGGUAGUAGAGCCCACGAUAGGGAGCUUCACUAUGAGAGCAGACUCUCAUUUUACAGUUCUCAUUCUGAUUUCAUAACCCCUGGAAAUGAUGCUCAUGCUGAUAGCAAAUCUCCGGGUCUGGGUCAAGGAGCGGCCGACAAGAGAACCCCUGAUACUGAUUCUCGAUCUGGAAGCAGAACCUCAGAUCGCAAAGUUCGUACUGCUAGCAGAACUCCAGAUAGAGAAUCGUACUCCAGAUGCAGUCAACCGGAUCAUAAAACUUUAGCUUCAGCUUCUGUCACUGGAUGGAAAACUCUGGAGAGCGAUUUCCGUCCAAGAGGCAAGGUACCGCAUACUGAAGCCCUUGCUAAUCAUAGAACCCCGCUUAGAGAUUCUUUCUCUGCAAGCACAAGUCCGGAUGAUGGAAGCACAAGUCCCAGUGAUGGAAGCACAAGUCCCAGUGAUAGAGGCACAAGUCCCAGUGAUGGAAGCACAAGUCCAGAUGAUAGCUCACGCUUGGGAAGCGGUAAAGUGAAAAAUGAUCAUAGCUCUGAAAAGUUGAAUCAGAGUAACGAAAAAUUAGGCAGAUACACGGGCAAUGUAGAGACAUCAUCUCAAGAAAUGGAGAGACCAAACUGUUCUCCUAAAGUGGUUGAGUACCACUAUGAUGAUGAUUUCGAGGAGACCGAAGAUUUAGAAAAAGAGGAGAAAGGUAAAGAGACAGUGGUGUCUACUGAAAGCAAGGAUGAUUUUUGGAACACUGGUGAUGAUGAUACCACUAAGUCUAAGAAACUGAAAGAGGCGGUAUCUAGAGAACCUAAAUUGGCAGCAUUUGCUCCAGUCAAAGAAAUGCAGAAAUUCGACCAAACUGGUAACGAAUCCUUGGAGCCUGAUUGUAUUAAACUGAGAUCAUCUAAUAUGGAAAAGAAGUCGGUCUCAAAUCACACAGAAACUACGAGCAAGUCUCCAGCUUCUGUAAGGCAAACCACCACUGAAGCCUGUGCAAAAUGGGUUGCUAAAACAAGUGUGCUUACUAUACCUAAAGAUCCACAAGAUUUGUCUGCUUUGAUUGCUGAGAAGAUUCUUGGUGAUAAAACUGAGUUCAAAAUUACAGGCAAAAAUAUCCGGAAAUCUCGCAAAACUGCUCCAGAUAUGGGAAAAACAAAGCGGGAGCCAUCCAAACCUCCGGUAAAAGAAAAACAGAAAGAGCGGAAAAAGGCCAAGAGAGCAAAGGCUAGGCUUCAGGACUUCACUGCUUUGGAACACCGUGGCACAAGCGAUGGGAAGAAUGAUAUAGAAGGAAUGAUGAUCACCGGCACCGCUAAGAGUAGCCCUUAUCUGAAUCGACAAGAUCAUAGGAUGGGAAAAGGGACAUGCUCUACCUCAACUGGUCUCCCAACCGUUUCAAACACCUUGGACGAUCUAAAGCUCAGUCCUUAUUUGAAACAAGGACAAAGAAAGCCACAGGCAGACGUCGCUCUUCCAAGAAUCGAAGCUACUCGAAUCAAUCCAAUGGUAGUGGAACAUCAUGGCGAUCGCAAGAAAAGCACAAAUGUUAUAUCGAGGCAACACAGAAUGAUUGAACUAGAAGAGGAGAUUGGAAGCAACCAGUGGAAACCGGAAGUACGAAAACUUCCGCAUCGCCCGCGGCAGAUCAACGAGCGCACGCUGAGAAAGUUGCCUUGUCCACCAACACACCCAACACACCCCAAAGCUGAGGCGACUAUGUACGGAGAUAGUCUGGAAGUGACCGUCAUGGAUCCGUGCGGUCAGGGAUACGCUUCCGACAAGAACAAUAUUAAAAUUACCGUCAUGCAUCAUUCCAAUAAAAUCUACAAAGAACUGCCCACUCAUCCGCCCCGAAACGAGCUGUAUUACGAGUACUCGUCCGAUCCCGACAUCAUCAAACAUCGGGCUGAAGGACCGCCUUUUGUUACAUACACUGGUAUUUCAUUGGAGAAGAGAAGAUACUCCAAACGCUAGAUAAUAACGCAAACUUGAAUGUUAAUGAUAAAGUUUUUUGAAAAGGUCACAAAAUUUAGGAUUGAGGGGGAGGGGUAUUUGAAACUUUGUAUAUAUUAAAAAUAAAAUAGACUGCGAUAUAUAGAAUCCAAGUAAGGUUUGUCCACUCAAAUAUUUACGUUUUGUGAAGUUUGAUUUAAUAUGAUAUAGACCAUUUGUUUGAUGAAAUUAGUUUUUAAUUUAACAAAAUAAGCAUGUUGCACGUUUAUGCUUAAAAAAACAAACAAAAAACAAAAAAAAAAAAAAAAAAAAAACUUGGUCAUCUAAACGCAUAUUUGAUUAUAUGUGUAUUUAACGAACUACUAAAUGGUCAGUUCAAUUGCUUGUACAUGUUUUCUGUGAUUUAUUUUUAAAAUUGCAUGCAGAAUGCAAACA